AUGAGCGCCAAACGGAAGUCGUUUGACCACGAUCCUCGAGCCAAGGACGAUGGUCGACCGCAAAAGAAACCACGAUCCGAGCGGGUGAAGAAGGAGGACAAGCCUACACUGCUCUUCCAUGCUCGCCCCGACUGGUAUGAGGCUGAACUUCCCGCUCUCGAAACGCACGAGGCAAAAGAUCUGCCUUCUCAACGGACAAUUGAAAAUCUCCUGCAGUAUGCGACAACACUGCUCGAGGCGGAGAACAAGGCGUACAAUGAUGGCCAUCUCGCGGGUUCUUCAUCACACAAGUUUUUGUCCACAAUCAUGGCGAGCGGUACGCUGGAAGACAAGGUGUCAGCCUUGACGCUGCUAGUGCAAGAGUCGCCGCUACACACCAUGAAGGCAUUUGAGAAUCUGCUGAGCUUGUCCAAGAAGAAGAGCAGGAACCAAGCGCUUAUGGCUGUAGCCGCCUUGAAGGAUAUGCUGGGACAGGGAAACGUACUGCCAGGAGACAGGAAAUUGCGCGCUUUUGGCAAGCAGCCACAAUUGCUUGGUGUAUUGCAGGGGAAAGAUGCCAGGUGGAAUGCUGGCGAGGCUCUGCCAGGAGCUCUCACUAAAGAGCAUUUGGUGAUGUGGGCAUUUGAGGAUUGGCUGAAAAAGAAGUACUUUGAGCUGCUGGCAAUUCUGGAGACGUGGUGCAAUGACGAGAUCGAGUACUCCCGACAACGAGCAUUGACAUAUGUAUGGGAACUUCUCAAGGAUAAGCCGGAGCAAGAGGAGAAUCUAUUGCGGCUACUAGUGAACAAGCUUGGAGAUACCGAACGAAAGGUAGCGUCAAGAGCUUCGUACCUGCUGCUUCAGCUGGAAAACACACAUCCUGCGAUGAAGCAAAUCAUCACCAACAGCGUGGAGGCGGACUGUCUGUACCGACCAGGACAGAGCGACCAUGCCAAAUACUAUGCCAUCAUCACACUCAACCAGACCAUUUUGAGUCGCAAGGACGAAGCGCUCGCGAAUAGGCUGCUGGAGAUAUACUUUGGCUUGUUUGUGCAGUUGCUCAAGCCAGCAGAAGCGAAGAAAUUUGCACCAGAAAAGAACUCUGUCAAUGCCACUCCAGCUCAAGGCGGAGGAGGCAAGGCUGGCAAGAUGGCGGCGAAGAAGCGAAAGGCCGAAGAAAAGAACGAGGAGUCAGCAGUGCAAUUUCACGACAAAAUGAUAUCGCAAGUCCUUGCUGGUGUCAAUCGUGCCUUUGCAUUCGCAGACAUGAGUGAUCCCAACUUUGAAAAACAGCUGGACACCAUUUUCAGAGUCGCGCACUCCGCCAACUUCAAUACCAGCAUUCAAGCACUCAUGCUGCUCCAGCAAAUAUCGUCGAGAAAGCACUUUGGUGCCGACAGAUACUACCGGACACUGUACGAGAGUCUGCUCGAUCCACGUCUCUUCAACAGCAGCAAACAGGUUCUGUAUCUCAACCUACUCUACAAGAGCUUGAAGGCAGACUUGAACGCCAAACGUGUGCAAGCCUUUGUCAAGCGCAUGUUGCAGGUCAUCACAUUGCACGAACCUGCCUUCGCCUGCGGAGUUCUUUACCUGAUUCAUGAGCUGUCAGGCACGUUCCCCAGCAUACAGAAAAUGAUGACCGAACCCGAAGUCGCAGAUGAGGAUGAAGAAGAGCACUUUGUUGAUGUACCGGAGGACGGUUCGAUGAACCCCAAUGCUCUCGUCUAUACUGCGCCCAGCCACAAAGUCCUCUAUGAUCCUCGAAAACGAGAUCCGGAACAUGCCCAAGCCGAACGAACCUGUCUUUGGGACCUGAUCCCUUCCCUCAGACACUUUCAUCCGUCCGUCGCACUCUUCGCAGAAGCGAUCGCAGGAACGAAAGAGAUGCCACCCAAGCCUGACCCCACUCAACACACCCUCAUGCACUUUCUCGACCGCUUCGUCUACCGUAACCCCAAGACUAAGCAAGAAAAGACACACGGAAGUUCCAUCAUGCAACCUCUCGCCGGCGCCAGUAAGGCUGCAGAUAUUCUCGUCAAGCCUGGAGAUCCCACUCGCAGAGCUCCACUCAACAGUGAAGCAUUCUGGGCCAAGAAGGUUGAGAAUGUGGCAGCGGACGAGGUGUUCUUUCACAAUUACUUCAACGCUGCUGGAAACUCCAAAAGGAAGCCUGCCAAGGAGCAGAAGCAGCGCGGUGCAGUGGAUAGCGAGGAUGAGGAUGCAAUGGAAGACCAGAUCUGGGAGGCUAUCGCCAACUCUCGGCCCGAAGUCGAAGGACCCGAUUCCGACGAUGACUUGUCGAUGGGUGAUCUGGAGAGUCUCUCGGGCGGUAGUGACGACGACGAGUCCGGCUCAGAGGGUGGCAUUGAUCUCGGUGGCGAGGACGGCGAUGGCGCUGCCGAUCUGUCCGCCUUCGCCAGCAUGGAUGGAUUUGGUGGCGAGAGCGAGGAUGAAGCGGCUCUGGAUAGCGACGAUGUGCCUGACCUCGAUGAUGAUGACGAGGAUGCAAUGCUGGGCGAUGAAGACGAGGUUCCCUUUGACGGCUUCGAUGGAGAGGAAGAGGAGGCCGAGGCAGAGACGAAUGCCGCGAGGAACAAGAAGAAGAGAGCAGAGAAGAAGAAGCUGAAGAACCUGCCGGUGUUUGCGAGUGCGGAGGACUAUGCGAAGCUCAUUGGAGAUGAUGAAGAGGGUGUAUAGAUGGGGAUGGACAUUUGUGCGCUAAUCAGGGCUAAUAUGAGUAUUGCAUGCGGACCUACCUACUUCCAUGCCUCUUGAGGCACUCGAUGAUAUUCCAGCAUGGCACAUUCUACAGCAAGGUACCCUAUGAAUUCGUCCCGAAAUGCAGACGGAAGCUGUGUGGACAAGAGCAUUCGAGGAGAAAAGAGCGACUUGCGUGGGAAGCAGCUCUCUUGCCAAGGUUGGCUCCAAUCGUCGCCUUGACUUCCGCUCACCUCGCACUUCCCAUCUCCAUCAAAGUUUCGACAAUAGACUCUCCCAUGACAUGCAAAGACGUUUCAGCGAGGGCCGCCAAUGUAUGCUCAGGCUGCGAAGAAGAAUCG